AUGGACACCACACUGAUCGGAAUUGCCAUUUGCUUUGUUGGCUCUUUCCUUGGGGCACUAGGAGACAAAUUCGUCCAUGACAGCUAUAUCAAAGAAAACACGCAAAAAAAACACAUGUCCCAAAUGACUAUGUGGUUGUUUGGAACCCUACUCAGUGUAGUCAUAGACCCAAUACUCACCAUCUGUUCGUUGUAUUUCACCUCCGCUGCAUUGGUUGCACCUUUCGCAGGAGUACACAUUUUGUGGAAUUUAAUCAUUACAAACAUUUCGUUGAAAAUAAAAACCAAGUUGCAUCAGUACAUGGGAUCCUUUUUCCUAAUUUGUGGUAUUGCCUUGAUAAUAAUUUUUUCGGAAAAAAAAGUGGACAUACAUAGUAUGAACGAUUUAGCUAGCUUGUAUAGUCAGACAAAGGUCAUCAUUUAUCUUGUCCUCACCUUCACCAUCAUUGUUACUCUUUUGGUCGUUUGCUUGCUUCCCUUUCUUUUCAAGGAUAUAAAAAAUGCUUCUUCUAAAAGUGAACAACUUUUAUACAUGAAUAAAUUUGUUGAAAAUACAUGCACAUAUUCAUGUGAAAUCUCGCUUCUUAAAAAUGACACAAAUGACACUCGUGCGAAAUUAUCGGGAGGAGCAACUUCCUUUGAAAAUGGCAAAUGGGGACACCCUAAGCAGAGAUCGUUGGAAUACCCCUUGAAGGGAACAGAUGAUCUAAUAUCCCUCAUGAGCAGCUCCGAUAAGGGAAACACCUACGCGAAUAGUCCAACUAGGAAGGAAAGAUUUAUGGACACAUCAACCGAGGGGGACAACUUUGCACAUCGCUCUAACGAUGGAAUAAUAACUUCCAGUCUGGGGGAAAAGACAACCACUGUCGGCCGAAGAAACGCACUCAUUAAUUACAGACCCGGUGACCCCCUACCGCGUCUACCUGCCAACCACACAUUUCCAAAACAUCCAACUGAGAAGAUUAAAAAGAUCAAUUUCAAGUCAAGUAAGACGGAGAAAAGAAGACACCCACCUCAAUUUCGCAAAAAGAAUCACUCAUGGGAUGCGCGGAAGGAAAAUGUUCAGCCAAUCCUACAGGGAAAGUAUCCCCCCGCUAACGGAGGAAACGCAGAUAUGCUAGAUAUAAAAUGUUCAGAACGGGUCGAAUUACAAGACGACCUCUACUGCAGUGAAACCACCCCACACCCGAGUGACAAAAGUGAAAAUAACCUAAAUUACCAAAGCGGAAGCCACACACCGAGCUGUUCCAACCUAGAACCGAUGAUAGAACCCACACCAAGUGACGAUGCAGAAUCUACAUCUACUCAUAAAAGAAGAAAAAAAAGCUUACUACUAUCACCCAACAGACGUAUCAAAAUGAUUGAAAAAAAUUUCCAAAAAAAAGGCAGGGUGAAAGAAAAAAGUUUCCUCCGUUACACAAAUGGCCAUAAACAGAAUGGUCCCACAGUGGAGGACCUCCCCGAACUGAAUCCCCAAUCGAAUCACCCCAGUUCAAUCGCAGGUAGUGAACCCUUCUCUCCAAUAAAUGUCCUUAAACGUCAUGAUACAAUUAAUUCGUCUGAAAAUUGGAAAGAUGGAGAGCCCUUCUCACUGAUGGUUUAUUCUCCCACGCGUGAAAGGGGUAGCCCAGGGAAGGUAAGCGUCGGUAGUAGCCUUGCCAUCAACGAGGGAAUAACUAGCCCAAGUGGCCCAACCGAACCAACCGGUCAAAACGCACGUAGUAACAGCCGAGGACGAAACGACCCCGUCCAGCUGCAUUACCUGUCCCUCAUCGCAUCCAUCUACCCGUCGGUCGACAAGUCGAGCAAAAUCAGGCACCCAGAAAUCUUAUACAGAAUAUGCUGCUGCACAUUGUGUGGCAUGUCAGGAGGGUUCGUAAAUAUUUUCUCCGAGCAAAUCAUAGGAAUUUUUUCAAGAGAAAAACUUCACAUGUUCACACACCCUUUUGCAUACGUACUCAUCAUGCUCACUCUCUUUUGCUUAUGCAAUCAGUUGUUAUUCCUAAACGUCUCGUUGUCUAAAUUUAGCGUCACUUCCGUCAUUCCCCUCAUUAUGUCCAACAUAGUCUUCCUUAGUAGCCUCACUACUAUAAUAAUGCGCGAGGAAGAAUCCGUGAUCCAGUCCACCAACGCUGUGUUCUUCUCCCUUGGCGUCCUCCUCGUAAUUAUCGGUAUACUAUACCUACAAUACAAUAUAAACCGAAUUCUUUCGCGUUUCUUCAAACCGAAAAAAGGAUGA